AGAUUAUGGCAGUUCCAAGAGGAAAUCAGGUGCCGACACCAACGCCGAGCCCAUGAUCCUGGAACAGUACGUGGUGGUGUCCAACUAUAAGAAACAAGAGAACUCGGAGCUGAGUCUCCAGGCCGGGGAGGUGGUAGAUGUCAUCGAGAAAAAUGAAAGUGGCUGGUGGUUUGUGAGCACAUCUGAAGAGCAGGGUUGGGUCCCUGCCACCUACUUGGAGGCCCAGAAUGGCACACGAGAUGACUCAGACAUCAACACCUCCAAGACUGGAGAAGUGUCCAAGAGACGAAGAGAAGUAUGUCACCGUGCAGCCCUACACUAGCCAAAGCAAGGACGAGAUUGGCUUUGAGAAGGGUGUCACCGUGGAGGUGAUUCGGAAGAACUUGGAAGGCUGGUGGUACAUCAGGUAUCUAGGCAAAGAGGGCUGGGCGCCAGCAUCCUAUCUGAAGAAGGCCAAGGAUGACCUGCCAAGCCGGAAGAAGAACCUGGCGGGUCCGGUGGAGAUCAUUGGGAAUAUCAUGGAGAUAAGCAACCUGCUCAACAAGAAGGCGUCCGGGGAGAAGGAGGCUCCGGCUGAGGGCGAGGGGUCUGACGCUCCCAUCACCAAGAAGGAGAUCAGCCUCCCCAUUCUCUGCAAUGCCUCCAAUGGCAGCGCCUUGGGCGUCCCUGAGAGGACCACAUCGAAACUGGCCCAGGGCUCCCCUGCCGUGGCCAGGAUCGCCCCUCAGAGGGCUCAGAUCAGUUCUCCAAACCUGCGGACAAGGCCACCCCCACGCAGGGAAUCCAGCCUGGGGUUCCAGCUGCCAAAGCCACCAGAGCCCCCUUCUGUUGAGGUAGAAUACUACACCAUUGCUGAAUUCCAGUCUUGCAUUUCUGACGGCAUCAGCUUUCGGGGCGGACAGAAGGCUGAGGUCAUCGAUAAGAACUCAGGCGGCUGGUGGUACGUGCAGAUUGGGGAGAAGGAAGGCUGGGCCCCCGCGUCAUACAUUGAUAAGCGCAAGAAGCCCAACCUGAGCCGCCGAACCAGCACCCUGACCCGGCCCAAGGUGCCCCCGCCUGCACCCCCCAGCAAGCCUAAGGAGACCGAGGAGAAUCCUGGGGGUGCCUGUGAGAGCCAGGACUCCCCACUGAAGCUUAAGUAUGAGGAACCUGAGUAUGACAUCCCCGCCUUCGGCUCUGACUCAGAGCCUGAGCUGAGUGAAGAGCCCACUGAGGACAGGGCCUCAGGUGACAGGCGACCUGCCCAGCCCCGAAGGCCCUCACCCGCCUCCUCCCUGCAGCGGGCACGCUUCAAGGUGGGCGAAUCUUCUGAGGACGUGGCCCUGGAAGAGGAGACGAUCUAUGAGAACGAGGGCUUCAGGCCCUACACAGAAGAUGCGCUGUCUGCCAGAGGCUCCUCUGGGGAUAGUGACUCCCCUGGAAGCUCCUCGCUGUCCCUUGCCAUGAAAAAUUCCCCCAAAUCAGGGUCUCCCAAAUCAUCAUCACUGCUAAAGCUCAAGGCAGAGAAGAAUGCCCAGGCAGAACUGGGGAAAAACCAGUCCAACGUCUCCUUCUCCUCUUCCAUCACCAUCAACGCCACCUGUUCCUCCUCCUCCUCCUCCUCUUCCUCCUUGUCCAAGAACAGUGGCGACACGAAGCCACGCUCUGCCUCAGAUGCAGGCAUCCGUGGCACCCCCAAGGUCGGGACCAAGAAAGACGCCGAUGUGAAGGCCGGGCUGGCCUCCUGUGCCCGAGCCAAGCCAUCGGUCCGACCAAAGCCAGUCCUGAACCGAGCCGAGUCUCAAAGCCAGGAAAAGAUGGACAUUCGCUCCUUACGGCGCCAGCUGAGGCCCACAGGUCAGCUGCGGGGGGGCCUCAAGGGUUCUAGGAGUGAGGACUCAGAGCUGCCCCCCCAGACAGCCUCUGAGGGGUCCAGGAGAGGCUCUGCUGACGUCACUCCCCUCGCGGCCACCGGCCCCCCGUGUGUUCCCAGGAUGGAAUGGGAAGGGCAAGGCACCGCCUAUGUGACACGCAGUGCCUAUCAGAAGGUCCAGGGCUCCGAGAUCAGCUUCCCUGCGGGCGUUGAGGUGCACGUGCUGGAGAAGGCAGAAAGCGGAUGGUGGUAUGUGAGGUUUGGGGAGCUGGAGGGCUGGGCUCCUUCCCACUAUUUGGUGCCGGAGGAGAACCAGCAAUCUGACGCCGCUGGCAAAGAGCCAGACUCAGUGAAGAGCACUCAGAAUGAGGGCAAGUCGGACAGUCUGGAAAAGAUCGAGAAGCGGGUUCAAGCGCUGAACACCGUGAACCAGAGCAAGAGGGUCACCCCACCCAUCCCCUCAAAGCCUCCUGGGGGUUUCGGCAAGACCUCGGGCACCGUAGCGGUGAAGAUGAGGAACGGUGUGCGGCAGGUGGCAGUCAGGCCCCAGUCUGUGUUUGUGUCUCCACCACCCAAGGACAACAACCUGUCCUGUGCCCUGAGGAGGAACGAGUCACUAACGGCCACUGACAGCCUUAGAGGUGUGCGCAGGAACUCCUCCUUUAGUAGUGCACGGUCAGCAGCCGCCGAGGCCAAGGGCCGCUUGGCAGAACGGGCUGCCAGCCAGGGCUCAGAAUCACCCCUGCUGCCUACCCAACGCAAUGGCAUCCCCAUCUCCCCCGUGCGUCCGAAGCCCAUUGAGAAGUCUCAGUUCAUCCACAAUAACCUGAAAGAUGUGUAUAUCUCUAUUGCAGACUAUGAGGGGGAUGAGGAGACAGCUGGCUUCCAAGAGGGGGUGUCCAUGGAGGUGCUGGAGAGGAAUCCCAAUGGCUGGUGGUACUGCCAGAUCCUGGAUGAGGUGAAGCCCUUCAAGGGCUGGGUGCCCUCCAACUACCUUGAGAAGAAGAACUAACAGCACUGGGUCCUUCCAGACUCAGUGUGCUGCUCUGGCUGCCACUGAAUGAAUGGUGGCAUGCAGACAAGGGGAAGGACAACGGGAGGGGGGAGGGGAUGACAACAUUGAACCCUGCAGAAUAUGUGACCCCCGAAGACACCCUCCAGCUGGAAGGGAGGGUGUGAUGGGUGCACACACUUAGUAGGCGAAAGGGAAUAGUGGGGUUCUCCUGGGCCUGGAACCCCUGCACACACACUGGUGACUUUGCUUGUGGGCCAUAUGCCAUUGCAUAUAGGCCACAUGGGAAAGCCCAGUUGUGCCUUUGCUGCAGGCCUGGAAAAGAUGUCACCAGGUGUGUCCAGGGUCCUGUCCCUGCUCAGCCACUUCAGUGGCUGGGUUCUUGCCUCUGGAAGUCACCCUUGUGUUAUCCUAAUGAUGUGUUCGGCACUGAGUUGGUUUCUAGUCCACUACUGACCACUGGUGGGAGUCUGGUGGACCACCAGCUCUGGGGCUGGGUGGUGUCUCCUAAGAGCUCGGCCAUUCCUGGGGCCGGGCCACAGCCUGUUUGGUAGUUAAGAGUUCCCAGAUGCCAACAAGGGCUGCCUGCCUUUGCUGUGCUGGCCUGGCCUGGCCUUGCAAAGAGAGCCUGCCCUCCUCAGGGCACAUGGAGGACACUGGGAGUUGACCUAGAGGAUGGUUGGUGCCAGGCUCCUAAUAAUAUAGAAUUGCUAGAGGAUUUCCAGGUAGGCAGUUCCUUGUGCAUGGUUGGGAAGGUGUUAUUGGUUUGGAGGUUAUAAAUCAGGCGUUUGGUUUGGGGUUUAUUUUAGAAGUUGUUUGGGGGCCCGAAGGGCUUAGCCUCUCAUAGGAGAGGGAGUAGUGGUGGGUGGGUUUUUUGUUGAAUUUCAUGGAGGGAUGUUUUAUUUAGAUUUUGGUUUAAUGAUUUUGCCUUUCCAUAAGCCAAGUUGUUUGUUUAGUUUUGCACUGUGUGAACAGUGCCCUAGCAUGGCAUCUCACCAGGGAAUUUGGGACUGGGUAAAGCCAGGUCCUGGGCUUGGUGAAAAAGUGUUCAGGUUCCUGCCCAAGAGGGAAAGGCGGGCAUCGUUAGAAGCCAUGCUGAUGGGGGACUGUUCUGCCUGCUUCUGCCCACAUUCCCCAAUCUGGGCAGGGCCCAAAGAAAAAGCCUUACUGUGGAGAAGUCACCACCAACCCUGGGCAGAAGGGACCCUGGCUGGGUCAGGCUGGAGCAGAUACCUCCCACUGUGCCCCUUAGCCUGCUGGCAAUGUGACAGGUGCCCAAGAAGAUGGAGGACUUCGAAGCCAGGAACCAACCCUGUCUUCCCAAGGGGCAGUGCCCCAGGGAACAGAAUCACAAGAAUGGAGUUUGCUGCCAUCCUCUGAGUUUUGGGUUGUGAUUAAAUGAUUGACAUUUCAGAGAGAAGCCAGAGAGAAGCCCAGUGGGCUUCCUCCAAGGACUCCCCUCAUGCUGGGAGUGGAUUCCACGUGUGCCUUUGAUUUGGGACAGAUCCUGCCUCACAGUCUCUGGCUGAGAUGCCAGCGUCUCCCCCCCACACCCCCUCAGGGCUGCUGGUCCUGACAGACUUGGAGGAAGAGCGCCUCUCACCCCUCCUCCCAGGCAGGUCUGCCUUCAGCUCCCAGCCCUAAUGUCCUGGAUUCCCAAGCCCAUGUCCCUCCCGUAUGCGGAUGCAAACCGCGAGCCUCCUUUGUCAAAAGCCCGUGGCGACAUUGUUCUGUUUCCUUCUCUGUGUUCAUGAGUUUGUUUAAAAUUGAAAUUAGUUAUUUUCUUCUGCUGGACAGUAUUAAAUAGAGCAGGAUGUUGAGUUAAUCUGCUAGGUUGCAGUACUAAUGGUAGUGGGUUAGUGUCUUCAUGAUAUUCUUUGUACUUAUUUGAACAAUAAUGGUAAAGAAGUGGUUCAUUAUUUCUGAAUUAAUGCACUUUAAAUAAGGUGAAAUGGAAAGAAACCCGGAGAGCGAAGUGCAUUACUUAAAGAUGCAGUAUAUACUCUUCUCAUUUUAAAACAGCACAUAUUUAUUAAAAGAAGAAAAAGUAAUUUAUGACUAUUUAAAAUAAAAUUUAAAAGUAGAGUGACUGUCAGGUGAAAGGACCUUCCACACAGCUGUCUGCCGGGGGGAUGGCCCACAGCCUUACUCCUCAGAUGUCUGCAUUGAGCCAGCUCCGUGAUUAGUGCGCAGCCAGGCACAGAGCAUCUCAGUUGGACUGGACCACCGAGAUCCCCAGAGCCUGCCUUCCCCACCUUCCCUGCCCGAUUCCGCACUCACACCCUCUGUCUGCACUCAAAAGACCCUCUACCAAUUCCCCGUGUCCUGAAAUCAUAGACUCCUUAAAAGCAGGACUGGAAGGGACCUUAGGGGUCACUCCAUUCCAGCCCUUCUGGUUACUUCAGCCCAAGGUCAGGAAAUGACUUUCUCCAAAUCUCCCAAUUAAUGUCAGGUUUCCCCUCUGCAUUUAAUCCUGCCAUUCUCUCCUGUCCCUUUAGUUUAGUGUGUGGUCAUUGUGUUUACAUAUUAACAUCCAGCCCCAGGGAUGGCUGGGAGUUGCUCAGGCAUCUGGGAAAAGUGGGGAAUGUUGCCACCUAGUGUCAGUAUGUAGACUUGGUCAACAAAUAGUAAUAGCCAAGGUCCAUCACCACCAACCAGCCCAUUAGGGCACAGCACAAACCCUGCAAGCCCAAAGAAUACUUGAAACAAGAAGGGUGCAUGCCAGGCCUUCUCAGACGUGGCCAGGGGAUACCAGACCUUGUGUCCCUGGAUCCUAGUCCUGCCCAGGCAAGAGGGCCUUUCCCUAGAGCUAAAAGAGCUGCUUUGUGACAUUGGACAGACUGUGGCAGCAGUGGAAGAGGGAAGGGCCUGGGGCUCUGACCCAUCUGGAGGAAAACCAGAUCGGACUAAAGGAAAAAAAAUGGAAUCCCAGCAAUGUCCAAACCUAGUUUUCCAUUAGUAAUGAUUGAAAAUGUGAAAUGACAUUGUAUUGCUGUAUACUGCAACUUUAAUCAUAAUGAGCCCUUCUGAGGUCAUUAUUGCGGUUUAUAUAAUGCCCGAAGAUGCAUUGAUCGGUGCUUUGUUUCCUUUCAGUUUAAAGACCCUUGUAUUACAAGGUGGAGGGAAGUUUUCAACCUUACCCUUCUUUGUCACCAGUAGACCUGGCUACACUGCCUGGCUCCUCUGUGUUCUCACAGUGGGGUGGGAGGUUCCAGCAGCAGCAGGUUCCUGUCUGCCUUGGGGCCCCCUACACAGCCCAGGUCCUAUUUGUAGGGCCUCAACCCUUCCAUCCCUAGCCUGGCCCCGAGGGUUCCUUUUUCUCCUAAAUGGACGAAGGCAUUAUAUAGAAUCAUUGUAGUCACUUUGAGGUAUUAGAGCGGCAUAUUUUACUGGCAUUUAUCUCCAUGGCUUUCCUCAGCAAGGCAUGUUACUACUUUUAUCCUCUAAGGAAAAAAGACAAGGGAAUUUCAGCCAAACAUUAUUUUCAUAUGACUAGUACUUGCAGAGUAGGUGUAGAGCUAUUUAAGUUAAGUGUUUUGUUUUUAGGAGGGGGCAGGUGAAACCGCGCCUGCUUUUCCUGGGUUUGACUAAUGUAUAAUUUCUUUAAGGUUACUCACUUCCCCAUUCCCUCCAAGUACUUUGCAUUCUCAAUGGAAAAUGAAAGCAAUCUGAGACAGAAAAAGUGCAAUAUUACCAAGAGGGGUGUGGGACAGAGUGGGGGAGACCCUGUUGCAUCUGCAGAAGAUGGGAGGGGCUACUGGGAGGAGUCAGUACUGUGGAGCACAUGGGUGGGCCGUGGGUUUGGUCUCCAGGCAGGCUGACUGUCUCCUGCCCACUUCCCUGGCAUGAAGAAAGGGGUAGCCACCAGAGGACAGCCCACUCAUGCUGUCCACCUAGAAGGAAGGGACCUGGGGAAGUGGCAUGGUGCUCUUGACCUCUUGAGCCCAGUCCCCAGGGCAGAAUGAGGAUAUCCAAGACCCACUCAUGUUUUCAUUCCCUUUUGCAGCCAGCUGCUCAGAGAGACCCGUCCUAGAAGCGAUUCCCAGCAGCCCAGUUGCCCCAGCCUCCUGAUGUGUGGGCUUCGAUGCUUUGGAUGUGUGUUUGAGUCUUUCUAAAACUAUGGAACCUCAGUUCAGCUAUGGACAGGAAUCCUGGCUGUAAGCAAACUAAUUUGGAGGGCGGGUGCUUUAAGCCCUUCAUACCCAGUAAGACCCGAUUCCUACAGGCCUACAGUAGGCCUGGGGCUGAGUCCCGGCCACCCAUUCAUCUCAGUGACUUGGGCAAAAGGCAUGAGCCCUGCUUCUGACAACAGAAACCCCAUGACAGGUACACACCAGCCUCCUUUCACAUUCAGGGAGGAAAGUGUUGGGAUAAGAUGUCUUCUGUGGGGUUUGGAGCAAGUCCCAGAGCUCAGCCACCCCCAGGAUCCAAAGCACAGCCUUGCUGGUGUGUUCCUUCUAUGUAGUACUGUAGGCCUGCUGCUCCAACCCACCUUUGUGUGAAUUUCUAUAGAGAUAGGGAGAGGGACCAGGCCCCUUUUGGGGUCUCUCCCUUAGAAUAGAUAUUGCUGCAUAGCUGGUCAUUCGACUGUCUGUGCAGCUUUCUGGAAAGACAGCAGUCCACAUCACUAACCAAUUAAGAUUCCCUCGCUUUUUUGAGGGCUGAGAGAGUAGUGUGUGUGUGUGUGUGUGUGUGUGUGUGGUGUGGUGGUAAUUUCCAAGUGCGUGGAUAUUACAUGAGUGUGUGAGAGAGACUGGUGGUAAUUUCCCACUUGAACUAAAUAGCAUGGGGUUAGAGGAAAUAAAUACAGGGCAGGCGGUCUCCAUUGAACUAGUCCUUGGCAUUGGGCAGGUCCCAAGGGACUCACAGCUUCUGGCAGCAAGUAUGUGUGUCAUUCACAUGAUUCUGGCUGGAGAGUGCAAUGUGUCUUUUAAAUUUGUUUUUGUAAUUAUUUUAUUAUUUAGUUGGAAACUUCACACUGGCAUUAGCAUAUCUAACAAGCAGCCCAGGUCAGCAUCGGGGCACCAAGAUGAAGACAUGGAAUAGAUACUAUUGAGUAUGGAAAUGCUGAGGUGGUUAAAUAGUGCACCUGUGUCCUUGGUAUGAGAAUCCCCAGGGGGUCCAGGAGAGCUGCUGGCCUUUGGUUUGGUUCUGAGAGAGAGGCAGGCUGGGCAGGGGGAGGACUGUUCAUGGAGUUACUGUAGGACCUGCAGGUGUCCACACAGCAGUGCCGCCCGUCUCCACUGCAGGCCUAGAGUGCUUCCUGGGAGUGUGGAGGGCUCCUGGGGAACUGAGUUUGUCUAAAUCCCAUUUGGGGCAGUCUCAUGUCCCUGUGUUUCCCAAACUCUAUUAUCAGAGCCAGUGAUGGGACAAGGUCUGUGACCUUUGGCCUUAGCACUGCUUUUGACUACUGCUUUGUUCUGUGCAUCUGGGCCCCCCAGGCCACAAAGUGGGCAUACUGAUGCUUUUGUGUUGAAUGGGAGGACUUCCUUUCCAAAGCCUUGAUUCCAACCUGGCUGCAAGGGAUUGGCAUGUGACACCCCCUCUUCCCCUAUCUUGUCUAAAUCUUAAGUGACCUUGACAGUCAGGACCCCUCCCCCAUUGCAGUCUAGGACUUAGUGGCUUUAGAGUGGGGUCCCCAGUGCUGAAGGUGCCUACUUUAUUCCAAAUUUCAUUCUGGACAAUGGGCUGUGUCCUUGGAAGUGUGAGAGGUUUGUGUUAAUGCAAAAGGGUGUAUCUAGCAUGUUGGCAAGCCAGUGGGAGGCAUGUUGGCAGGAUGAGUAUGCAAGUUUGAGGUUACUGGGGCUUACCGUCCCUGCUCUGGGAGGAGUCUCCCAGAAGUCUUUGAAGCAGAGAAGGUGUGGGAAGGCUGAAGGAGGGUUUGGAGUUGUGCUAUCUUUAUUGGUGGGAGAAAGAAGGAGUCGGUGACCAGGUUUACAGGGAUUUUUGUUACUCACCAGCCAAGAGUCCAGCCAGAGAAAACUCACUCGCUGGGUCCCAGCUGGGCUUCUAUUUUCAUUGAUGUCUUGGGGAAGAUGCACUGUAAGCUGGAAGCCAGUGUUUGAGUUUGGAGGCCCUUUUCCAGAAAGACCUAAAUCACCUCCCAGAUUCCCAGUAGUUUUUGCCCAAUGCAUUUUGUCCAAUACAGAGCUAGCCAGCCAGUCAUCUGUACAAAUCAGAGGCCGUAAUAGGCCACACAGUAGGGCCCACCAUCCCCAUACUAGAACUUAAGAGCCCAGGAGGCAGGCGGCCCCUUUUCUUGGUGACAGAGGACAUCAUUCCCAGGACUCUAGUAGAAGCUAUGGCUCUAACUAAUGAGUUUGCCUCCUGCUGCCAUCAAACCAGGUGGAACACACCAACAUCCCUGCAUAUGCUUUUUGUUUUCUAGUGGCUUCUACUGAGGCACACUGAGUUUACUUAAAAGGGUACACAGAUACCAUUCUUAAAUUUACAACAUGUCCCCUGCAACAGAGAACAUGGGUGUCCCUACAGUUACUGAGAGGUCUGGAAGGUGAUUUGUAAGGCAGAUGUGAGUGGCCACUCUUGCAGCAUGGAUAUGUAGACUCUGGUGGCAGCAAACAGAUGGAUGUCAUUGGGUGUGACACCUGAAUCACAGGGACUUCUCGCAGUGUCCACUCAUCCCCAGCCAGCAUAGUGGGGUCGGCAGAAGCCCUUCCCCCGGGUUCUUCUCCCCACCUCAGCAGAGAAACAAGGCCAUUGGAUGUAGUAGGGUCCAUGCAAGUGCUGGCCUCUCUCCAGGAUCCUCGGUGGUGCUAAACUAUCUCCAUGUUUCUCACGAUUCUAAUAGUGGGUUGUUUUUAUAAGUCUCAUCCCAAACAUGCAGUGUCCUUGGGGGAGGGACGCAGCCCCCCUUGGCCUGCCACUUUCCAGCUGUCAUUUGUCACUUCGAAGGGAUUCUUUGGUCUGUAGGAAUGACCUGUCUUGGGAUGCUUCUAGACUUUAAAAUUUGGGUUGUUUUGUUUAAUAUUUUGUUUAUGUUUACAUGCAUCUUGUAUUUUCCUGAGAACUAAAUAAAGUUUUUGGCCUUUUUAACCGAA